AUGCCUUCACUCUUUACAAAAUCACAAGACCAGAACCCUGAUAUAUCAGUCCACCUUCUCGAGGAUACCGAAAACGGAGUUGGCGUUACGGACAAGAUUUAUCCUGACUGUAUCGACGAUGAUCUUGUUCAGGAAUUCGACAGAUCCGGAUCACGGCCGGAUGGGACUUGGCCGUACUUCGAAGCAGAGUACGACGAUUCGACUUCUCAUUACUCAUUUAUUCCUCUUGAAUCUUCAGACAUUGAUAUGUUUGCACGAGAGGGGAAGGAGUACUUCACCACUAGGGAAUGGCAUGUAUCCCAUUGCUUGUUUACAUGGAAGAAGCAGUUCCGAGCAUUAUCCAAUGGCAGAUCCAUCGAACCAUGGAACAAUAACGAAGAACAUAUCAAGCAUUGUUCUGACUACAUUCUCGAGGCUAUGAGAUCUGGUUCUCGCCUAGACGACGUUGAGACACUGAUUCUUGGAGUGGAUCGUCAUAAGCACGAAUAG